UUACAUAAAAUGAUGCUUGGCAUUUAAAGAUAAAAGAAUUUUUAAAAUUAGAAACUUUAAGUAUUCUUAUUAGUAGUAAUAUAAAUUAAGAGGCGGAUCAUUUAGCGCCACAAAUAAACUACCAAAUCGAGAAUCCCGUAAUUAAAUCAGCUCAGAAGGAAAUCGAUACCGGAGCGGUUACGGCGGCGCAGCCAUUGGCGAUGUAGGCGUUCUUUUCUUUUUCUGUAGUUACGGCGGCGCAGCCAUUGUGAUUUAGAUGCUUUACUUAUUCAUUUUUCUUUUUCUUUGUGGAAUUAUUCGAAUCUCGUCGCCGGAGUUUCUCCAUUUCACUCCCUGCGGCUUCCCGGUCUUCUCAUCCAUCGUGAGACCACUCCGCAGCCCUCUGCGCCGCCGCGUCGCAGCCAUUUUCUUGAGCGCCAUGCCGUCGGGAUUCGACGCGAAGCUUGGCUUCUCCGGCUCGGACGGGAUUUGGAUUUGACGGCGGCGGAGGGAUUGAACAUGGAGCCGCGGGGGUCUGUAUGAAGCUGCCAAUGGAAUUAUGUUUUUUCUUUUUUCUGAUUUUAUUUUUUCAUAAUGCAGUUUCUACUUGAUCGUUACCCCGGCCGCGCAGCUAUCGGCGAGGUUGAAACGAUGGACCUCGUUCAACUGGCUCAGAAGUAUAGAGAAGCUGAGGAGCAAGUAAAUCAAUGCAGCCGAAUUAUCAAUGACCACGAAAGGGGACUUGCUGAGGCGAAAAUGACUUACAAAUUUUCAGUAACGGCACAGCUGGCUGCAAUGAAAAACUUGACGAAAAAGCGCAGGCAGAUUACUGAAUCAGGUAGGGUGUCCGUUACGAAUCAAGAUGAAGUAGAUCAGGUAUUCAUUAGCAUUAGAGACCAUGGGAUGAGAUGCAGAGUUGUGUGCGACUCGCAAGAUCUGAAGGUGUACACAACAAAUAAGGGACUUAACUGCAGAACACUCAAUGAAGAAGCGGCUGAAAUUGCUACAAUAGCACCUGACAACGAAGCACCUCGCAACGAACGAUUGUUAUAA